AUGGACGAAAUCACGCCGGUCCUGGGCCCGGCCACGCCACGUGAGCCGCUCGUUGCGCCCAACCCCGACGCAGCCGCCGCGCCUGCCUCGUUUGAAGAGAUCUCGAGGGACAUCCACCACGACGAGCCCGCUCCCGACAACAGCCCCUUUGCUUUCUCCCCCAGCCAGCUCUAUAAGCUCUUGACAUACCGUAGUCUUGCUGCUCUCGAUGUCUUUGGUGGCAUCUACGGUCUCGCCGGCGGCCUACGAGCCAACGUCUCGACCGGACUUAGCGUCGACGAGACCAAGCUGCCAGGCAAAAUCACAUUCGAAGAAGCCGUCGCCGCCGCCAGGGAACAGCGCGAUCCCAAGAUUGAACAGAUCCCGCAACCUCGUUCUACCAGUACUGGCAUCCUGCUGCGAAUAGGAGACGAGCCCAACCACCAGUUCCUCGACCGUCGUCGCAUUUACGGCGCGAACCGAUUGCCUCGACGACCCCAAAAGUCCUUCUUCAGGCUCAUGUGGAUUGCUUUCAACGACAAGCUCCUGAUUUUGCUCACCAUUUCCGCCUGUAUCUCCCUUGCCAUUGGUAUCUACCAGUCCGUCGACGCCAAGACCAAGAAUGCCAACAUUGAAUGGGUAGACGGUGUCACCGUCGUUGUUGCUAUUCUCGUCAUUGUCCUUGCCAGCGCCAUCACCGACUUCCAAAAAAACCACAAGUUUGAAAAGCUCAAUGAGCGCAAGUCACAGCGCGACGUUGCUGUGCUACGCUGUGGCAGAAUCCAGCAAGUCUCCGUCUACGACGUCAUGGUCGGCGACAUUAUGCACGUCGAGGCUGGCGAGAUCCUUGCCGCAGACGGUGUUCUCGUUCGCGCUGCUGGCCUGCACGUAGAUGAAGCCUCCGUCUCUGGUGAAGCCGGUCUCGUCCACAAGUCGCUUGCAGUCGAUCAUGAUCCUACGCAUGCCGACCGCGCCGACCCUUUCCUCUUUAGCGGAACCACCAUCUGUCGCGGUGUAGGCCAAUAUUUGGCCACGGCGGUGGGUGCUAAUUCAACCUAUGGACGAACCCUUAUCUCGCUGCGCGAGGAUGUGGAAGAGACACCACUCCAAGCCAAGCUUGGUCGACUAGGAAAGCAGCUUAUUCUCUUUGGUGCCGCCGCCGGCUCCGUUUUCUUCCUCAUUCUCUUCAUCCAGUUCUUGGUCAACUUGGAUGAUCUCAAAGGCAUUGGCCCAUCCGAGAAAGCCGAAAGGUUUUUUGAAAUUUUUACCUUUGCCAUUACUGUCGUCAUCAUCACCGUCCCCGAAGGUCUCGCCCUUAAUGUUACGAUGGCUCUCGCUUUCGCCACCAAGCGCAUGCUCAAGGACAACAACCUUGUUCGCCUGAUUCGGUCCUGCGAGAUUAUGGGCAACGCUACGACCGUUUGCUCUGACAAAACUGGGACACUGACACAGAACAAAAUGACAGUAGUUGCUGGUCGCAUUGGUCUAGACUGCAGCUUCGACGAUACUGAAACAACAGAAGUGGCUGCUGGCUCCGGCGCGCCCACCACAGCUGUAGUCAGAGGCGAGACGUCUAGCUAUGCAACCUCUCACCUUUCAACAGACCUGCGCGAUCUCUUAAAGGAUAGCAUUGCUCUGAACUCGACCGCUUUUGAGACCAACGAUGGCUCCAAACCUAGCUAUCUAGGAUCUAGCACAGAAACUGCUCUGCUCCAGUUCUCCCAUGACCAUCUAGGCAUGGGCCCGCUGCGUGAAGAGCGUGCCAAUACGCCCGUGCUUACCAUGUUUCCCUUUGACUCGACUAAAAAGUGGAUGGCUGUUCUUAUUAAGCUGCCGAACGGACGAUAUCGACUACUGAUCAAAGGUGCUGCUGAAGUUGUCUUCGAAUACUGUGCCUAUACGAUUGCCGAUCCGGAAUUUCGCAUCACCACCUGCCAUAUGACCGAAGAGAAUAGGACGAGCAUACGUGACUCUAUUCAGGAAUAUGCUGAACAGAUGCUGCGUCCUGUUGCUGUCGCCUUUCGUGAUUUCGAAGCAUCAGAGGUCUUUGAUAAUCCAGACGACGACCCGGCCACAGUCAAUCUGGAAUGGUUCGCUUCCGGCCUGGUCCUUACUGGUCUGUUUGGCAUUAGAGAUCCACUUCGACCGGAAGUUGUUGAUUCUGUCAAGAAAUGUCAAGACGCUGGAGUCUUUAUUCGCAUGAUUACCGGUGACAACUUCACGACAGCCAAAGCCAUCGCGACUGAGUGUGGCAUUUACACACCUGGUGGCAUUGCUAUGAAUGGACCAACCUUUCGAAGAUUGUCACCCGAGCAGCUCGACAGAGUCAUCCCCCGUCUCCAGGUUCUCGCGCGAUCUAGUCCCGAGGAUAAGCUAUUACUAGUAUCGCGGUUGCGUGGUAUGAAGGAAACGGUGGCUGUCACCGGAGAUGGUACCAACGACGCCCUCGCAUUAAAGGCUGCUGAUGUCGGUUUCGCCAUGGGCUUGCAGGGCACAGAGGUUGCAAAGGAGGCAGCUUCAAUCAUUCUCCUCGACGACAACUUUGCCUCCAUCGUCAAAGCUCUGAGUUGGGGCCGUACCGUCAACGACGCUGUGAAGAAGUUUUGUCAGUUCCAGUUCACAAUCAACAUUACUGCUGGCAUCAUUACGGUUGUUUCGAAGCUGGUCGGCGACGCCAUCUUCACGGUUGUUCAACUUCUCUGGAUCAACUUGAUUAUGGAUAUUUUUGCAUCCCUCGGUCUGGCCACCGACCACCCUUCUCCCGACUUCUUGAAGCGCAAGCCCGAACCACGCAAUGCCCCUAUUGUCAGCAUUACCAUGUGGAAAAUGAUACUCGGGCAGGCAAUCUACCAGCUACUCGUUGUCUUUUUGGUACACUACAUCGGUUGGGAACUUUUUAAUCCUGGCACCGAGGCUGAAGUCGAGAAGCUGCAAACGCUGGUCUUCAACAUAUACGUAUGGAUGCAGUUUUUCAACCAGCACAACUGCCGUCGAGUUGAUAACAAGCUGGACAUUUGGUACCAAGGUGUGCUGCGCAAUCCUUGGUUCAUUGGUGUCCAAUGUCUCACCUUGGCCGGCCAAUUCAUCAUCAUCUUCAAGGGUGGUGAAGCAUUCGACACGAAGCCUCUCACCGGUGCCCAAUGGGGUUGGAGUAUGCUUUUCGGUAUACUUACCAUCCCAUUGGGUGCACUGAUUCGCCAAGUCCCUGAUCGAUGGGUUCUGCGUUUUUUCUUAUGGGUCAGGUCGACUUUCCUCACCGUUACCGGCCCUAUUCGACGUUGCCUGCCACGCCUGCACAGGAAGAAGAAAGACGAGGAACAAAAAGUCAAGCAUCCCGAGCCGCUAAAUGCGGUAGAAGAGAUGGUGUCUCGUCGGGGCCGCCAGCUGCUGCAGCAACUCAAGGGUGAGGGCAAGGAUCUUGAAAUGACGGCUGAACAGCGCGAAGCCCUGGAAAUCGCCGCCCAGCGCGCACGCGAGGAUGACACCGAGCCGGACAAGACUGAAGGCGAGGUUGACCUUCUUGGCCUUAUUGAGGCCGCCAAGGUUGGUCGCACAGUGGGACGCGAUGUGCUCGAGAUUCACCCCCGCACGCCCAAGGAGGACCCCAUUCUCGGCACCUGGGUCAACCACCGCGUGCCCCCGAGUCAGGAUGAAAACCUCCUGCGCUACAUGACUGUCGCAAAGGAGGAGGACACAGCUCGCCGUCGCCCCAACAGAGUUCAAGCCCGCUAUCGGUGGGUUGAGCCCACCCGGCCGCAGCUCACACAUACGCGACCCAAGGCUCGCAAUGGCUUUACUUGGGAAUCUUUUCUUCGCUCCAAGCGUCGAUAG